AUGUCUGAAUCGAGCAUGUCCGACUACCGCCGCCUUGUUCCCGGUCCGUCGCCCCCCUCUGAUGAUGGCGACGAGCAUGAGCUCGAGCAAAGCCGCCCGGAGAAGGGGACUUGGAAGAAGAGAGUUUCGACAGCUUGUUUGGCGUGUAAGAAGUCCAAGAGGAAGUGCAGCGGCACAUCUCCCUGCAAAAACUGCCAAUCCUUCAAAAGAGUCUGCAUAUUCGACGAAUCGCUCGACCAACGCCGCCGCGUCGCCGCAAAGCGUACAGCAACAGAACUCUCCUACCACCGCGACCUCCUAACAGACCUCUUCAAGCUAAUCCGCGAAGCAAACGAACCACACGCUCUCCACCUCCUAACCCUAAUCCGGCACAAUGCCUCCCCCGAUGAGAUCCGCGCUUACAUAGACUCCACCCUCGCACAGCUGGAAGACCCGCACACCCAGACCGUCGCCAAGCUGGAGGAUAUGCGCCAGCUUAUUAAUCUCGAGGGAUCGACGCCUGUCUUUAGAAGAAAGGUUAUGGAUAUUCAUUAUCUUUGUGAUGAUGCUCCUUGUGCGGUGCCUGCUGAGCCUUGGACGAGGGUUACCGCGGAUGCGGAUCUGGUGUCGCAUCUUGUGUCGUUGUAUUUUGCUUGGGAUUGGCCGUUUAGUGCGUUUUUGGAUAAGGAGGUGUUUUUGAAACAUAUGAAAAGGGCAGACGUUGCGAGUGAGUUCUGUAGUCCGUUUUUGGUUAAUGCGGUGCUCAGUAAUGCUUGUUAUUUCUCGGAGUUCUCCGAGGCUUAUGUUGUUCCUGGUGAUAUCUCUUCUAAGGGAAGUGAUUUCCUGGCGGAAGCGGUGAGAUUGAAGAAUGAGGGACCCAGUCAGCCUAGUUUGGCUGGCUUGCAGGGGACGUUGCUUAUGUAUGAACGAUACGCCAUGUCUCGCGAAGAUGACCUGGGCUAUAUCAUGCUUCAUCAGGCUAUUCGCAUGGGCGAGUCACUAGGUCUAGUCGGUAGCACAGGACCCCGAAUGGCAUCUGGUGAGCUAUCCCAGGAUAUGGAUAUCUCUUGCAAACGAACAGCAUGGGGUCUUUUCAACGUCGACACAAUGGUCCACACGGGCUUUCUCCGACCCAGUCUAAUCGACCACGUCAACAUGGCCCGUAUGGAUCGGACCCUUCCAGAAGACCAAGCACUUUGGUGUCCGUACCCGACACAUCGCGAUGCUCGCCCCUCAUUCUACACAUCGUACUUUGGCGAGGCAUGUGACUUGUCCACUAUCGCCCGCGACAUCUCCCGCAGUAUGUUCGCAGACCACCACGUGAGUACGGCUUUGGGACACAUCCAUCGACAGAGUCGUGAAGCUCUGUACGAUCGCCUCCGGGGCUGGCAUGAGUUACUCCCCGAGGACUUUGAUGAGCGGCAUAGACCUGCUCCGCACGUCAUUCUACUAAAGAUGCGCUACAACACCCUCAUCAUUAACCUCUUCAGCUGUAUCUCCGACGAUCCAUCUCUAUCCUUCGGGCCCAAAACCCCAGAAAGUCCACCCCGCCAAUCCCCACCGCCAAAAUACAACGCAUGGGAAGUAACUAGCGCCGCGGCCCACUCAAUCGCCUCCCUGACCCGUCUCCACAGACGGGAAUUCGGACUCAGCCGCGCGCACCAUUUUGCCAUGUACGCAAUUAACCUGGCUCUCUUUACUCUGCUGGAGCAGGAGACCUUCGACGUUCUCGACGAGGACUUCCUCGUAAUGGCAAGUGCUUUCUCGGUCGUUGCGAGCCGGUCCGCGCUGGGCAGGAAUCUAUUCCAUAUUUUCCGACAGUCAGUUCGCGGCAAGGCGCAGGGAUACCGUAUUCGCGGUAGUUCGGAGGUUCCGGAUGAAUUAAAGGAUCUAUUUGAUGAGAAGAGUACUAGUCGGGGGUGUCGGCGGUUUGAUGAGUAUGCGGAUGGAUUGGAGAAGCUGAAUAAGAAGGAUAAGUAUCAUGGGAUUGGGAUUGCGGAUGGGGGGUUGCAGGGUUAUCCUGGACUGGGACUUUCGGAUAUGUUGGAUCGUUAUGAAAGUCUGAGUUUGGGGAAGGAUGACGUUCUUGCUGAGCGGUAUCGACUUGGCGGUGGUUGA